AUGGCGGCCGAGGAGCAGGAGUGGCUUAACGCACAGCGGGUCAGUCCUACUAUCGGAACUGAGUUUGGGUUACAGGAUCAGGAAGCAGAGGAGCACGUGCACGCCGUCGAUGACGAGAAGAUGGACGUGGAUGAGGCAGCGGUUGUGGAUGAGACAGCGGUUGUGGACGAAACGGAUGAGGCCACGCCAGACGACGAUAUCAUUUCCGGUUGUUACAUGCUGGACAUCAACAUCAAAGGACUCGUGCACUCAAAGUUAUGGAUUCGAGCCGAAUACAUUCGUAUUUUCAAUUUCCUCAUCGCUUAUUAUGACCAACACACCCAGGUGGUGGAUAGACCGCCCUCUGUAGUUGUCACAGGUCAACCAGGGAUCGGCAAGAGCGUCUGGGUUUAUUACGCUUUGCGCCGAUGCCUUGCCGAAAAGAAACCGGUCAUGUGGCACUACCAAGAGCGCUGCUACUUGUUUGUGGAGGAGGGUGUCUACCGGAUGCCUGCCGAUUACAAGGAGGCUCAAUUCGAAAGAAUCAUCUGGACCUUGGUCGAUUCCGAUGAGGCCAAGGCGGGCGUUCCCGAUUAUCUAGCCUCGCACGGGACUCCACAUUUCGUCAUCUACUCAACCUCUCCACGCGAGAGCAGGUGGUCCCGUUUAGAAAAGACGACGCGAAUGGCAAAAGUAAUUAUGAAUCCAUGGAAAAGGGAAGAAAUAUUACGAGCUGCAUCAGUAGACCCCUUAGGCCGCACCAACGAGUCUCGUACGAACGAAAUAUUUGAUCAAUUUGGUCCUACGCCUCGCCUCUGCAUCGAAUAUCAAACCGACCCUGAAGCUAUGGGUGAGUACAUAGAACGUCUUGACUCCGCAAUCUCGAAGACCAAGUGGGAAGAUCUUGAAGCACUGAUCAAGACAGCUUCCUGCGCGAAUAUUGGGGCCGAUUCCGUGUCUCACAAGAUUGCUCUCCUCAGUCGCAAAUCACCGGAAAUUUUGCGCAGCCGAGGCGUGGUCGUUCCCAUCACCCCUCACAUUCAAUCAAGACUCUCCAAUCGGUUCCGCAACCUGGGACGCAAGGAACAUGUACGUCUCUUCAAGCUCUUUGCAGCCGUGCCUGAAGGGAGGAGGAUGGCUGGUAUAUUCUUCGAGGCUCUUGCGCAGACAGCCCUCCAGGAGGAAAUUACACUCACGGUCGUUCCAAUGGUAAAACUGGGUCGAGUCUCAAGGGGAUUGCCUCAAUGGCACUCCAGCCACGAAAUUUUGACCAAUUCGCAACUGGAGGAACGGCGUCAGGAGGCCUUUACACGUCGAUUCAAUAUUAAUAUCAAACCCAUUCGAACCCAAGAAUUCUCAAGUAAAGAAGCCCUGACACUUGCCCGCGAGGUCCUGUAUGUCCCUCUAGCGCACAACCAGGAGGCACUUGAUUCGUUUAUCUGGCUUAAUGAGGGGCUCUUCAUUCUCCAAUUUACUAUUGCAGGCUCCCACGACGUCAAAAAGGGUCUACUUGACUUCUUCAAGAAAUACGUGGUCGAUCCCCCACCCCGAUCUACUUGGAAGUUUUUGUUUAUCAUUGAACACAAACAGCUACUCAAAUGUCCGCAGCCACGAAAUGUCACCUUACGCAAGUUGGAUAUGUACUCCGCAGCACUUGAUGUAGAGGGGAUGUCAGUAGCUUAA